AUGCCCGGCCAGAGGAGCGCAUCCAGCGAGCACCUCGCCUCGCUCGACGCCCUCCUCGCGACCCUCUCGCGCACCCGCUCGUCCCUCCCCGCCCUCCUCACGGCCGUCUCGACCUCGCACUCGGCCGCCCCGCACGACCGCACCGCAAUCUACCGCGCCGCGUCGACAGAGUGCUCGAAUGCCAUCACCGCACUCGCCCACCACCUCGACUCGCUCGAGGCCGUCCUCCAAGACGCAGAGGACAGCGCUCGCCGCGACCCGGCCGGCAUCGUCCUCCGCUCAAAGCACGACCCCGCGGCACCACAACCACGGCCACAACCACAACCGCCAGCGCAACCCGAGCACGACGACAACAACAAGCCCUGGGUCACGCUCGGCGACAUCCUCCACGGCGGCGAGGCGACGACGACCACGACGCGCAAGGGCAAGGCGCGCGCGCCCUAUGUGCCGCAACUCGACCCGCCCACCUCGCCCGACGAGCUCGUCGCCCUCGCACGCACGUGCGAGGCGCAGCACCCGCGCGUGCGGGUCCGCGUCGGCGAUGGCGGCAAGGGGCGGUCCACGCGCCGCCCGAGGACGCUCGAGGUCGUCGUCGCAGGCGUCAUGCGUGCGGUGGUCGGGCUGCGGUGGGAGGAGCGCGAGGGCACGACGGUGUGCGAGGCCGACUGGGUCAUGUGUCACGGGCUCGCAGAAGAGAAACCGCCGUUCCUUCCCUCGCAGUUCUUGCUCUUCCAGUCGAUCACGAACGACGCGACCGAGGUCAUAGACCAGGCGAGGGUGCGGCGGGUGGCGGGCGAGUCGGCGGCGAGCGUCGAGGAGGUCUUGGCAUUCCUCUCCGAUCCACCCUUGCCGUUCUAGCACGUCUGCAAUGCGACCGCCGACGCGUUCAUCGUGCUCGGCACUGCCUCGUC